ACACAAGAGAACAAGAACAACAAAAAACAAAAAGUAAAACACUAAAGCCCUAGCUAGUGUCUUCAUCCUCAAGAGGCAGCCAUAGCCAUACUUCCCACCUUCACCGUCCUUUCCAAACGCAUUAAUGGCCACACACAACCUGCUUCAUCUAACGCCGUUACCGUCAUCUUCCUCCUCCUCAAUCUCCACCGGCUGUUCCCUUUCCCCUUUCUUCUUAAAAACCUCUGACUCCUCUAAACCUCGCCGUCACCGCCGUUCCGCCGUAUGUUGUUCUUUCUCCUCAUUGGAGUCCGCAAAAAUUAAGGUUGUCGGUGUCGGCGGCGGCGGCAACAAUGCCGUUAACCGCAUGAUUGGUAGCGGCUUACAGGGUGUUGAUUUUUAUGCUAUAAAUACUGAUUCACAAGCGCUAGUGCAAUCCGUUGCGCAAAACCCAAUUCAAAUUGGGGAGCUUUUGACUCGUGGAUUAGGUACUGGGGGGAAUCCGCUUUUGGGAGAACAGGCUGCGGAGGAGUCGAAGGAGGCGAUUGGGAAUGCGCUUAAAGGGUCGGAUCUUGUGUUUAUAACGGCGGGUAUGGGUGGUGGGACUGGGUCCGGUGCUGCGCCGGUUGUGGCGCAGAUAGCGAAAGAGGCGGGGUAUUUGACUGUUGGUGUUGUGACUUAUCCGUUUAGCUUUGAAGGGCGUAAAAGAUCAGUACAGGCUUUAGAGGCUAUUGAGAAGCUGCAAAAGAACGUUGACACUCUUAUAGUGAUCCCAAAUGACCGUUUACUGGAUAUUGCUGAUGAAAACACACCUCUUCAGGAUGCUUUUCUUCUUGCUGAUGAUGUUCUCCGCCAAGGAGUUCAAGGAAUCUCAGAUAUAAUUACCAUACCCGGGCUGGUAAAUGUGGACUUUGCAGACGUUAAAGCCGUUAUGAAAGAUUCCGGAACCGCAAUGCUUGGUGUCGGGGUUUCCUCUAGUAAAAACCGAGCUGAAGAAGCAGCUGAACAAGCAACUCUUGCUCCCUUGAUAGGAUCAUCAAUCCAAUCUGCUACUGGAGUUGUUUAUAAUAUUACCGGAGGGAAGGACAUAACUCUUCAAGAAGUCAAUAGGGUCUCUCAGGUGGUAACGAGUUUGGCAGAUCCAUCAGCAAACAUUAUUUUCGGGGCAGUGGUGGAUGAGAGGUACAACGGGGAGAUUCACGUGACCAUCGUUGCUACAGGAUUUGCACAGUCGUUUCAAAAGUCUCUUCUUGCUGACCCGAAAGGAGCGAAACUUGUUGAUAGAAAUCAAGAAUCUACACAACCUUUGACCUCUCCGAAAUCUUUGACCAUGCCUUCUCCCGCUCAGUCUCGGCCUGCAAGGAAACUCUUCUUUUAAACAAGCUUUAAGGUCUUCUGUUUUCAUGUUCUUUAAUGUUAUUUGUUUGGCUUUUUUUUCCUUUUCUUUCAGUAUCUUGCACUGAGGAUGUGUAGUAGUUUAAGUAAUUGUUGCAGAUGACGUUUUUAGCAAAUUGUAAAUUUAAAGGCUCGGUAACAGGUGCUGUUGGCAUUCGAGCCACCACGAGUUAGUGAAAACCCGCUGCUCGCUUCUUGCAUUUGCAUA